AUGUUGGCCCAUCUUUCUGUUGCAGUGCUGUCCCUGCUGCCGACGGCGGAUGCCCUCGUACGCAAAGAUGGAGUAGGCAAACUGCCAGCCCUGGGCUGGAACUCGUGGAACGCAUUCGGUUGCGAUGUCAACUCGACCAAGAUCCUAACGGCGGCUACGGAGAUGAUCCAGCUAGGCCUGAAGGAUCUGGGAUAUCAAUAUGUCAAUAUUGAUGACUGCUGGUCUGUCAAGGGCACACGCAAUGCAACCACGCAUCGCAUCAUCCCGAAUCCCUCCACGUUCCCGCAAGGGAUUUCCGGACUUGCGAAGCAGGUGCAUGGGCUAGGACUUAAGAUUGGUAUCUAUAGCAGUGCUGGCGAAACCACCUGUGCUGGGUAUCCAGCCAGUCUCGGCUACGAGAAGAUCGAUGCAGCUGCGUUUGCCGAAUGGGGUAUUGACUACCUCAAAUAUGACAACUGCGGUGUGCCCUCCAACUGGACGGACCAGUAUAACUUCUGCGUGCCCGAUGGGACAGCCGCCCAGAACCCCAAUGGCACCUGUCCGACCAUGACGAACCCCGCGCCAGCGGGCUACAACUGGGCAACCUCCAAGACGCACACCCGCUACACUCGCAUGCGCGAUGCGCUCCUAGGCGCUGGCCGCACGAUCCUCUUCUCGCUGUGCGAUUGGGGCGAUGCCGACGUGAACACCUGGGGCAAUGCCACGGGUAAUUCGUGGCGGAUGUCUGGGGAUAUCAGCGCCGACUGGACGCGGAUCGCUGAGAUUGCCAAUGAGAACAGCUUCAAGAUGAACUACGUCGGUUUCUGGGGCCAUCCGGACCCGGACAUGCUGGAGAUUGGGAAUGGGAACCUGACUCUCGCAGAGAAUAGGGCUCAUUUUGCACUGUGGGCGGCCAUGAAGAGUCCUCUUAUCAUUGGAACUGCUCUCAAUACAAUCAGCACAGCCCACCUGGACAUCCUAAAGAACAAGCCCCUACUCCAAUUCCACCAGGAUCCGGUCUACGGCCGUUCCGCCCACCCGUAUAAAUGGGGCUACAACCCGGACUGGACCUUUGAUCCCGCCCACCCAGCAGAGUACUGGUCUGGUCCGUCGUCUACGCUGGACGGGACGUUGGUUCUUAUGCUCAACUCCGAGGAUCAGACUGCCACUCGCACCGCCACGUGGAGUGAGAUUCCCGAGUUGAAGGGUGGCAAUGCCUACCAUGUUACAGAUGCGUGGUCUGGAAAGAACCUGGGUUGUGUGAAGGAUUCGCAUAGUGUGCAGCUUGAGAGUCAUGAUGUUGCUGUUUUGGUUGUUGGGCGUCGCUGCUGA